UCAUUGGAGCAGAAAAGAAGCCGUGUGAAAAAGGGGGGCCGUCCUCUCCACUGACAGUCCGCCAUGCUCACCCUGCUGCUGCACCACUGUGGACGCAACUUGCUGACAUUGAGGACAGUGCAAACAGUAAAUAAAAGUUAUUACUCGACACAGAUGGGGAAGCGCGUGGCUGUGGUGCUGGCGGGCUGCGGAGUUUAUGACGGCAGCGAGAUUCACGAGGCCUCCGCUGUCCUGGUUCACCUGAGCAGAGGAGGCGCGAGUGUGGACAUGUUUGCCCCAGACAUCGAUCAGAUGCAUGUUAUUAAUCACCUGAAAGGCGCUCCUUCUGAGGAGAAGAGAAACGUGUUGGUGGAGAGUGCGAGACUGGCCCGUGGGAACAUCAAGGACCUGUCCAAACUCAGUGUCAAAGACCAUGAUGCUAUCGUAUUUCCAGGUGGUUUUGGUGCAGCAAAGAACCUCUGUACUUGGGCCGUGCAGGGGAAGGACUGCUCUGUAAAUGACGAGGUGAAGGCCAUCCUGCAGGCGUUCCACAGCGAGGGAAAACCCAUCGGCCUCUGCUGUAUCUCACCUGUUCUUGCUGCCAAGGUGUUCCCCGGCUGUGAGGUCACUGUUGGUAUCGAGAACGAUGACAAGUACCCUGACACCGCCGGCACUGCAGAGGCCAUCAACCAGCUGGGCUGCAAACAUGUGAGUAAGAGUGUCAGCGAGAGCCACGUGGACGAGAAGAACAAGCUGGUCACCACCUCGGCUUUCAUGUGCAACGCUCCAAUACACGAGAUCUAUGACGGGAUCGGAGAGAUGGUGAAGGAUGUGCUGAAAUUAGCUUGAAUGUAGCAACACUCCAAAGUUUGUGUUAAAAACGCUGAGGCUGUUGUUUUAGAGGGAUUAAUAACAGCUGCCUGCUGAGCUGAGAUAUUUAUAGAAUGAGCCAUUAAACCCCUGAUUAAAGCACUUACAGAUACUUAAAUUUACAUUUGAAGUAGUGAUGUGUGCUAUGUGGUUUGAUUCACUUUGCAAAAUUCUGUUUUACUCAGUCUGACUGGAUUGUGUUCUCAUGCAGAGAAUCAAGAAGGUAAUGUUGAAAUGAAUGAAGAGAAUGAACUGCAACUUGUACAAAAAUAAUAAAAGAAUGAAUCUUACAAAGGUC